GCUUGACGGGCCACGGUGGUGCCACCUGGCCGACUUGGCCCUUUUGUCGCAGCGUCGACACCAUACAAACGCACAGUGCGCGAUCUUGGUGGCACUCGCGAAAACAACGCGCUGUUGUAUGGCCGCUCUCAACCCGUGGACGCGCCAUGCCACGCCGAUCCUGGGCCGCGCGACCACGAGUACGUCCCAGUGCCGGUCGUGCGACGCGCGCAUUGAGCAAGGCGAGAUCCGCGUCGGCGUCAUCUUUCAGCACGUGAAGGGGUACAUUGCGCUCGAUUGGCACCACUUGACGUGCUGCGCAUCGCCGCACCUCCUCGCCAGCGUCGACGGCUACGAGCUCUUGACCGAGUGCGAGAAGGACGCCAUCGAGACGUACGCCAAGUCCACCAACGUGGUCGUCGCAUGACAAGCGCCCACCAUCCUUUGUUGCAAUUAUUUAAUCGGAUAAGACGCAUUCUUCUUAUUCUCCAACAA